UUUGAUUUGAUUUCUGGUGAAAUUCGUGAAAUUCAUAACAUGGUGUUAUGUGACUGGAUAAGGUUCAUCAUUCAGAAUUAACAAUCGCAAAUUAUUCUAGUUAAACGAAACAAAAUGCUACGAAAAUGUAUCCUGGCCCUGUCUCGACAAUCGGUAUCUGCUUUCAAUGCCGGCAAAGUUUGUCAGCAGGCGGCGAGAAGCCUUUACUCGGCCUCGGUCCUCGGGAUAGAUGGUUACGAAAGCUACCGGGAAAAGAUCAGUACCCAGCAUAUGCACAAUGUUGACAACUUCAAGCGUCGGAUGCGGGAAUUCGUUACCGGCUCGAACUCUAAUAUGAUCUUUACCGAGGAUUUGAAAAACAUCAUCCAUCUGGCGGAGAACACCCCAGAGGACAAGCAGCUGUUGGUGGAUAUGAUUGAAAAAUACAAUUCCCAAGCCAAGGAGCUUCGUUUUGGCAACUACAUUUUCGGACCAGUAGUUAUGCGGGCCCUCUACUGUCUCAAGGACCCCACCCUGGCGUUCGAACUGUUCAAGAAGGAAAGCUUCAACGACUUUUUCGAUCAGCUUACCUCGUACCAAAUCUUGGGGGACAUGCUGUACGAACAAGGCAUGUACGCUCAGGUGCGGGAGCUUUUCGAUAUCAUAAAAACGCGCCAAGUUCAGGGCGGCCGUUAUCCUAAACAUUCGAUCACAUUAACUUUCGCGGCGUGCUAUCGGGAGAACACGCCCGAAUCCUUCCAGUACGCCAUGGAUCUGUGGAAGGAACUUAACGCCGUAGGACAUAUCCCGAUGCGGAAGGCAACCGCUUUCGCGGCUGCCCUGGCCCUAAAAAACAACCAACCGGGGUAUGCGCUGGAAAUUGCCGGUACCGUUACCAAGGGCAAUUACGUCACCAUUCGACAGAUUAGGAUAUUGGCCUUAAUCGCCAUGGAACGCCUGGAGGAUCUCAUUCCUGUCUUCCGAUCGGUGCUUGAAAUCGGAGGCCCACUGGAGCGGAAGCAAACCUUUUGCCGCGAGGUGAUUGAUGAGGUACAAAAAGUGCUGAGCAGCACUAAGGUUGAAAUACCGCAGGACCUCAAACGAAUGCUGCAGUUUUUGGAAGAAAACGGCCAUGUAACCGAUUCCACGCUGGACCAGCUUCUGUGUACGGCUAUACUGUCAACGGCGCAGACACGAAGUACCGAAAAUAACAAUUUGGCCAACAGCUACAGGAAUCGUGGAGGCAGUCAGAAUUUCCGGCACGCCCACGUGGAUCGGAAUCAGAAGAAACGUUUCCAGCGACCGGGGCUAGCCGAUAUGGUUUAAAGGUUAGUUGAAUAAAAAGAAGUGGUUUAGUGAGAA